CCAAUAUCGAGAGGUCCGGUCCGGCCCGGCCCGCGCACCACGCAGACGAGGAGCGGAGCUUCGAGCAUUCGACAGCUUCAGCGAGUUGCGUGCAAAUGAUCGAUAAAAAGCGUCUGGGGCUCCGUCGGUUCGGUUAGUGUUGCCGAUUCCCGUGGCACCAUCGGAAGCAUCAAUCGGAGCUGCGGUGCAGUGUUGUGUACAUUUCGUGGCGUGGUGAGCCGAGUGGGUGCCGGAUUUGUCGAAUUGUGAAAGACGCCUUCAAUUUUGGAGCUGAAAUUUGUCUGAGUCGAGGAGCGGAGGGAGAGAGUGAGGACGAUAUGGCUGAUAUGACCGAGACCAUGGGGCCGAGCACUCUCCGGGAGGAGAGGAGCAAAACGCAGUUUGAUGUAGAGGCGAUGAAGCUGGUCUGGGCAGGAAGUGCAGCACACAAGAAGGUUGCUGAUAAGAUGAAAGUGCUGGUUGCGAAUGAUCCGGUGUUUGAGAAGUCUUCUCGGCCGCGAUUAGACCGCAAGUCACUGUACAAGAAUUCCCUGAGAAAAGCAGCCCACGCAUGGAAGCUCAUUCAAGAUAAUCAUCUGACAGAGGAGGAAGCGUCAAGUUUGAGGCAUUAUAUUGACGAGCCUAGCUACAAUGACCUUCACUGGGGUAUGUUUAUUCCAGCUAUUAAGGGGCAAGCAACGGAGGAGCAGCAGAAGAAAUGGCUCCCACAAGCGUACAAGAUGUCAAUAAUUGGAUGCUAUGCUCAAACAGAACUAGGGCACGGAUCGAACGUACAAGGACUAGAAACACAGGCUGUAUUCGAUCCUUCCACGGACGAGUUCGUUCUUAACAGUCCCACUCUUACCUCCACAAAAUGGUGGCCUGGAGGACUUGGAAAGGCUUCUACCCAUUGUGUUACCUACGCUCGACUCAUUACUGAUGGCAAAGAUUACGGAAUACAUGCCUUCAUUGCCCCAAUUCGGAGUCUUGAUGAUCACAGUCCUCUUCCCGGUAUAACAGUAGGAGAUAUCGGAGUGAAGUUCGGGAAUGGAGGGUACAACACCAUGGAUAAUGGGUUUCUACGUUUCGACCACGUUAGGAUCCCGCGAGAUAAUAUGCUUAUGAAGUUGGCUUCUGUAACAAGAGAGGGGAAGUAUGUGAAAUCUGGUCAACCGAAACAAAUUGGGUACGGAGCAAUGGUUUACGUGCGCACAACAAUCGUGGUAGAUGCCUCCAACAUGCUUUCUCGUGCUGUUACGAUAGCAACUCGUUACAGUGCCGUAAGGCGCCAAUUUGGUACUGAGAAGGGAAAGCCAGAGACGCAGGUGAUUGAGUAUGCAACACAACAGAGUAGACUUUUUCCUCUGAUCGCCUCGACUUAUGCCUUCCGAUUCGUGGGAGAAUGGAUGAAUUCUUUGUAUGCUGAUGUUUUGGCCCGAAUAGAGGCCAACGACUUUUCUACUUUACCUGAAGUCCAUGCCUGCACAUCAGGAUUGAAAUCCAUCACCACUUCCAUAACUGCGGAUGGCAUAGAGGAGUGUCGAAAGUUGUGUGGGGGCCAUGGCUACGCCUGUAACAGUGGUCUUCCUGAGUUGUACGCAGCUUAUGUGCCAGCUUGUACCUAUGAAGGGGACAACACGAUAUUGCUGUUCCAGGUGGCAAGGUUUUUGAUGAAAGCCCUCUCUCAGGUGGGUAGUGGGAAGAAACCUACUGGCACUGCCGCAUAUCUUGGAAAUAUACAGAAACUUGCCACUGAAAAUUGCAAAAUUACUCAAGGUAGAGAGUGGUUGAGUUACGAUGUCAUCAUUGAAGCUUUUCAAGCAAGAGCAGCCCGACUUGCGGGUGCCUGCGCGUUGAAACUGAGCAAGGCACCAAAUGCUGAAGCCGCAUUUGAGGAAUUUGCGACAGACUUGGCAGAGGCAGCACGAGCUCACUGCCAGCUGAUUAUUGUGGAGAAGUUCGUUGAAAAGAUGAGGUCUCAAAUCCCUGGAAGAGGUGUAGCAGAGAUUUUGGAGGUCUUAUGUUAUGUGUAUGCUCUGGAUCUUGUACGCAUCAACGCAGCAGACUUCCUUUCUACGGGCUACUUGACAAGCAAGCAAAUCUCGCUUGCUAAAGAUCAACUUAGAUCCUGCUUCAAAAAGAUAAGGCCCAAUGCCGUCGCACUGGUCGACGCCUUUGACCACACAGAUCACUACUUAUCGUCAAUAUUGGGUCGAUACGACGGUGACGUGUACCCUAAUCUGUACAAGGACGCACAGGAGGAGCCAUUGAACGAUUCUGUUGUUACCGAAGGUUAUGCAGCCUACAUCCGACCAGUCCUUAAGAACCAGCUACGACAAUCAAAACUUUAAGGCGUAGAUGUUUCAUUGUGCAUAUGAUUCUAAUCACGAAUGGUAUCCAUUCUCCCACCUGUAUUUAAUUCAUAAAGACAAAUGCAAAAUAAAAUGCGGCCUGGCUUUU